AUGGGUUGUGUUUGGAUAGUAGUCGUUGCAAUUUUAGGACUUCCCGGGUUGAGCCGUGGUGAAUCGGUGAUGGAAUAUGGAGCGGUCGGGGAUGGAAUUGCAGAUGAUACAUCUGCGUUCGAAAAGGCGUGGAACAAUGCUUGUAAUGGAAGCUCCAAAACAGGGAGUAUAUAUGUGCCAGCAGGGAAGGUGUUCCUUGUCAACUCUCUUCACUUCACCGGUCCUUGCCUUCCCAAGCCUCUCCUUUUCACUAUCGAUGGAGAGAUGAUAGCGGAGAGUGAUCCAAACAAGUGGCAAAAAGGUGAGAACGGGGUAAUCCCAUGGCUCAUAUUUGAACAAGUGGAGGGACUUGUAAUCGCAGGACGUGGCUCUUUGGACGGCCAAGGCAAAUCCUGGUGGGACAUUCAUUGUCGAUACCAUCCUGGAGACAACUGCAUCUGGCUUGCACCAACGAUGAUGACAUUUAGCAAUUGCGGAAAUGUAACAUUGAAGGGUUUGAGAUUCAGAAAUAGUGCACAAGCACAUGUUCUUGUGAUGGGAAGCCAAAAUGUGUACCUGAGUGACAUCAAUAUAACUUCACCGGAGGAUAGCCCUAACACCGACGGUGUCCACAUCACAUCUUCCUCCGCAGUUUCUAUCACUCAUUCGGAUAUCGCCACUGGUGAUGAUUGUGUGUCCAUCGGAGAUCAAGUGAAUAAUGUGAAUGUUACCUUUGUCAACUGUGGACCUGGUCACGGUGUGAGCAUUGGGAGUUUAGGAAGAGGAGGAACAGAGGUAGCAGUGGAAGACAUACGUGUGUGGCACGUUAACUUCACUGGGACAACAAACGGAGCUCGAAUCAAGACUUGGCCUGGAGGAACUGGUUACGUCCGAGGUAUCGAAUUCUUCGACAUCCGUUUCUCCUCCGUACAGAACCCUAUUAUCAUUGAUCAGUUCUACGGCUGUGCUCCUAAUCAAUGCGCUCACACUGGAAAGGCGGUUCAGAUAGAGAGAGUGAGAUACAUGAAGAUGAGUGGAACAUCGGCGACAAAGGUGGCGAUGAAGCUUGAUUGUUCUUCAGGGGAGAGUGUUGCACUUCCAUCAUGUUCAAACCUUUUCAUGAGAGACAUCGACUUGUCUCCUGCCAAUGGCAUUGAUUCUCUUUCUUCUCUCUGCAACUUUGUUCAAGGCUCUGCUCAAGGCAUCAUCCGACCUUCCUCCUGUCUUCUUUAG